GUUGUGGAUGUCAAUCAUCGGGGCAUUUCUAGUGUCUGGUUUCCUGUGUUACCGCCCUUGGGCUGAGACAGUGAAGACGGGUGUGGGAUUUUUUUUCGCUUUCCGACCAGGAAUAGGUCAAUAAAGGGUAAAGCGCUUGCAGAAAUUUCACUAAGGUACUUAAACUGGACUGCAGUCUCUCUGUGACGGACAGUGUGAAUCAUGGCUCUUCCGUUUAAGAAAGAUCUGGAGAAGUAUAAGGAGAUCGAUGAGGAUGAGAUUCUGAACAAGCUGUCGGAGGAGGAGCUCAAGCAGCUGGAGAGCGCUCUAGAAGAGAUCGACCCUGAGAAUGCUUUGCUGCCAGCCGGCCUCAGGCAGAAGGACCAGACCGCAAAAGCCGCCACAGGUCCCUUUAACCGCGAAAAACUGCUGCAGUAUCUGGAAAAGGAGGCUAUGGACUAUAAAGACAGAGAAGAUUUCGUCCCCUUCUCCGGAGAGAAGAAAGGAAAGGCAUGGAUUCCCAAGCAGAAACCAAUGGAGAUCCAUCAGGAGCAAGCCACGACCCUUGACCCAGAAUUGGAAGAGGCACUUUCUAGCGCUACUGACACAGAACUGCAUGACCUGGCAGCUAUUCUUGGAGUGAACACACUAGUGAUGGGCUCGCAGAGUUACGACGCCACCAGUACAGAUGGUUAUAACAAUGUUAUUAAAGGAGAAAAGGUAAAGCCAGUUUUCGAUGAGCCACCAAACCCUACAAACGUGGAGGAAACUCUGCAGCGGAUAAAGUCCAAUGAUUCCUCACUGACUGAAGUCAAUCUCAACAACAUAAAGAACAUUCCAAUCCCGACUCUAAAGGACUUUGCAAAAGCCAUGGAGAGAAACACUCAUGUGAAGAAGUUCAGUCUGGCUGCCACCAGGAGCAAUGACCCUGUUGCCGUGGCCUUCUCAGACAUGCUACGAGAGAAUAAGGCGCUAAAAAGUUUGAAUCUGGAGUCUAAUUUUAUCACUGGCACAGGAGUUCAUGCUCUGGUAGAAGCUCUGCGGGACAAUGAUACGCUCACAGAGAUCAAGAUUGACAACCAGCGGCAGCAGCUCGGUACGUCAGCAGAGAUGGAGAUCGCUAAGAUGCUGGAGCAAAAUACAAGCAUUGUGAAGUUUGGGUACCACUUCACCCAACAGGGUCCCAGAUCCCGCGCCGCUGCCGCUAUCACAAAAAACAACGACCUGGUGCGGAGGAGGCGAGUAGAGAAGGAUGUGUAGAGCAUAUUCUCUCUCUCUCUCUCUCUCUCUCUCUCUCUCACUCUCUCUCAAGCUCAUCGGACUCUUGUGCCAAACCCUCUGAGGGAGCCGCUUCACCUGAAGAAGGGACACAACUGGAUACUUUGCCUCCCUAAUGUUAAUACUCAAUGAUCUUUUUAUGUAUUAUUAUUAUUGGUUAUUGUUGUUUUUAUAGCUGCAAUUCUUUUGCGUCCGUUUUUUUUUUUUGUUAAUUUUUUGCAUGUGUAAAACCUUUUCUGCUCUUUUCUUUGAACAAGUUAUUUGAAACUAAACUAAACUGGUUGUAACGGUUACACACAUGCACUCAAGCACUAUAGUGAUCUCUUCAUGGAUGGGCUGGAUCAGAACCUGUCAACCACAUUCACUCUGAACAAAUCUAGACUCAACUGGACUGGAUCUGCUGUGUUCCCCGCUUAAUGUGAGCUAAAUCUAGAUUUGUUGAGUCUGGGUUUGGAGCACAGGUUUGAACAGAGGCAGGUUAGCUAAUAAGUUGCGCUGAUCGUAACAGACACUCCUUAAUAAAAGUCAUCUAUACUCUUAACUGUUAGCUUGAGUUUUAUCGGCAUGGGUUUAGUUCACUGUAAAAAGUUCACUAGCUUUAGUUCACUGCGGCUGUAGUUCUAUCGCAAUGGGUUGUGUGUGGAUGUCUUUGGGCAGCUGGGUCAUCUCAAAAACUCUCAAGCUUCCACACUGCAUCUCAUCACAUGUUCUCUCAUCAGUUUUGCUGCUGAUUGAGACAAUUCGUAUUGUAAAAUUCACCUCUAUUCCCGAAACACACCAGCUGACACUGUGUGUCUUAGGAAUUACAGUGCUAAUUUAAGAUCAGUGCCCCAUUUUCAUCAAAUGUCAUUGGAAAUGGAAAGACUUGUACUAAAUCAGCACUAAUUACAACCUUGGGUGUGUAAAUGAAGGUCAAAGGUUGACCAGUUUCACUUAGGACUUAAAUACUGUAGAGGUUUAUUUCCACCGAGCAAUGCACUAAGGGAUAUUCUCUUCUUUUUUUCAACACAGGAAGUUAGCAUUUAUGUAAUGUAGUUGUCAAUUAUAGAUUUAGAUGAGAGUUUCUUUCCUGUGGAUAAAUCUGAUAUGACAUUUCUAAUACCAUGCCAAAGACUAACACCUAAAUACUCUUAUUUUCAGGACUCUAGCUGAGGUCAGACAGGAAAUAGGGGUUAGGAUUUCAUUUUUUGAGUUUAUUAAAGGAAUAAUUUACCCUAAAAACAAAUUGCAAAAUUUCUUGCCCUGAAGUUUUCCAAACGUGUAUUCUGGUAUUUAUUGAUUGAUUUAUUUGUUUAGCUGUAACCACAGCUGUCAAACACCUUGUGUGUUAUGAAGAUAUGAUAAUUUUGUAUGUGGGUUAGAACAAAAUUUUAAGUCGUUCACUGAAGCUGUAAAAAAAGAAAAAAAAAAAAAAAAAAAAAACAUUUCACCAUCAA